AACAACAAAAAUACACAACAACAACAACAACUAUGGGCAAAAAAACCGCUACUUCACCCGCUCCAUCCACUUCGUCUUCGUAUUAUGUGGUCAAAGCGGGUUGCAUGGGCAGCGCUGCCUCCAUGGGAGGAACCCUCAAAAUAAAUAGAACACCACCAAAGACGCCCGUCACGCCCACACCAACAGAGAGUUCUAGCACUAUAUCGGCGCAUAGUGAAACGUCAUUGGUUGAUAAAAUGGAGCACAGUUAUAUGCGCGAUCCGCCGGCACGCAGCACCACCAGCAAUAGCAUCACGGAGACAAGUGCCAGCAGUGGUUUAUCUUUAGCCCGUACCAUAUUGGUACACCAUCCCCCACAGUGUCCAUCGUGUCACACUUAUCCAUCGCAUCAGGAUCAGGAUUUAAUGGGUGAACAGCAGCAGGCUCAUGUGCCUCCAUAUGAUGAAAUAGCCGCCAAAGAGGCCAUGAACGAAUGCACACGCAUAGCCAAAUAUGUAAAGAACAAUAAUCCCGAUGAGCAGGAUUGGCAGGAGAGGAUCAAUCAAAUUGGUUGGACUCCCGCGCAGACUAAAUUGUUUCAACAGGUGGCGAAUAUAUUGGAUCAGGAUCAAUUGGCACGUCUGGCCAACGAUAAGCGCCAACAUGAGCCCGUCUAUCGACGCAUUACAGUUGACAAAUCCUCGUCUCGGAUGCGUCGUGUAUUGGCUGGAGUUUUCUGGGAAUCGCGCAUCAUUCAAUGGUUGCAUGCCCUGCUCAUGGAUCACCUGUCACCCUCGUAUAUGGCUUCAUAUUUGGAUAUUUUGCAAACAUUGAAAACCAAAUUGCCCACAUUGAUGGAUAAGAUGCUAUUCGGUCGUCCGUUAAGCAACUGCCAGGAACUGCUGGCUCCGGUGAUGAAGAAACGCUGGGAGCCGCAUGUAUUGCCCAAAUCUCGGCAAAUCUAUCAUAAUGCCAUUAUGGUGGUAAUACCAACAAUGCCAACAAAUGGCACAGUUCCCGAGAGGAUGCAGAAAUGGUAUCAAUCUUUGGCCACCAUUACACAGAUUAGCACCAUCAAUUUACCCAACACAAACAAUCGCAUGGCCAAUCAGAAUCUGGAUCAAGUGGCGGAAACAAUAGUCUCUUUGACCAGAGUGCGCAUUCAUGAGCUACGCUCAGAGAAUCCCAGUCGUGGUAUUAUCCUCAUUGGCUUCAAUGCCGGGGCAGCUCUGGCUCUACAGGUGGCAUUGUCGGAGAGUGUGGCCUGCGUCAUCUGCAUGGGUUUUGCCUACAACACGUUGCGGGGCCCUCGAGGAGCACCCGAUGACAGGAUGCUGGAUAUUAAGGCUCCCAUAUUGUUUGUCAUUGGGCAGAAUUCCGCACGCACCAGUCAAGAAGAAAUGGAGGGUUUACGGGAACGUAUGCAAUCUGAAUCGUCUUUAGUUGUGGUGGGCAGUGCAGAUGAUUCCUUAAAGGUUCCAAAAAGCAAGCGGAGAAUCGAGGGUGUCACCCAGUCAAUGGUAGACUCUAUGGUAGUGGAUGAGAUCUAUGAAUUUGUCAAUAGGACGCUUAGCAAUCCUCCAGGUCCUAGAAUGCCUAGCUCUUUGCUACCCUAUCAGCAGCGUCAACCCAAGCAGGCGCAGGGCCAUCUAAUGGUGGAUAAGACAAUCUCCAAUCAAGUGGGACGCAAACGUAAAGGAGAAGUGGGACAGGAUGACUCUAGACCUAUGAUCAAGACCAGAAUAGUUCAAGCGAAACCCCGUAUACCCCGAGCAUCAAAACCCAAGCCCCCACGUCUCAUAGAUCCAUUUGCAGCUAAGCGAAAGGUUGGAAGACCACGCACCCGUCCAUUGCCCCAAGCCAUGAAUAAUCAAGAAGCUCCCAAGCCACCACAUUCACCUGCACCCCUGUUAACUAAUGAUGAACUUAAUCAAUCCAUUGAAUCUAUAUUAGAUGAGACACUGGAUUACGAUGACCCACAGCCCACAACAAUGUCAUCGGCCAGUCAACAAAUAGUGACCAAAGUGGUAACACCAACCGGACCUAAACCCUUGGGACCACAGCCAGUGAAUCUGGCAGCUGGCACCAAAAUCAAGAUGAUACCCUCAAAUCAGUUUGUUCAUCUGAAGAUGCCUGGAUCACAGGGUAAACUUAUCAAUUACACCAUUAAUAAAUCGGGAACAGCUGUGCCCACUAUAGGAAGUGUGGUUAAGACCAGCAGUCCCAGUGCCGGAGGAGCAGCUGGAGGAUCACAACAGUUUAUCACAUUAAAGGCGCCACUAAAUCAAUCUCCAGGAGCAGGCGGAGGAGGACAAAUUGUCUCGGGCUCACAAAAAUAUACAGUAUACAAAAAUCUCAAUGGCAUGACCAUGUUGCAGGUGGCCAAGUCACCAGCCCCAACAGUUGCUUCACCAGACGCAGCUCAACAGGGCGGCUCUAGGCAAAUGGAUUUAUCAAAUAUCAUUGAUAUGCCCAUUGUCUUUGCGGAUAACGAGGGGAAUAUAGCUGAUCAGGCAGAAAAGCAACAGACAACUCGUCCUGCUCCUAGUAAGGGAAGUCCAUUGAUUAUAAGCCAAAAGAUAAUUAAAGAGGGCACACAUCCACCGCCAGGCAAAAGUCCUUUACUGAUUAACAAAGGAGGCUUACAGCAGUUGUUCACCACAACGACGAGUUCUCCAGGUGGUGUAGCAACUGGCUCCUCUACAUCUUCACCAGCCACCGCCACUUCAAAAGUUGUGUACCUCAAUCGGAGCACCAUUAAGCCCAUGGGCAAUGCGGGCGCCCGUUUGCCCAUACGCAUAGUAAGCAGUGCUACUGGCAGCCCCAAGACCACAGUCACCAGUGCCGCUGCGACAAGUAGUACGACUCCUUUGAUCCUAGACGGCAAGACAGUGAACCUGCAGACCAUUACAAAGAAUGCUGGCGGCACAUUGCGACAGUCAUUGCCAAUUAUUAUAGGCAAUAAAUCGUAUCCCCAAGUGCAAGUGAUUAAUCCAGCAGGCUCGGCGAGUGUCACCUCAACGCCAACUGGCAAGCAUGUAUAUCUAAAAUCGGCCACAGGACUAAAACAGGUCCCCGUACAGAUGUUAAGCAAUCGUGUCACAACGUCUGGCGGAGUCAACAUGAUACCCUCAUCCACACCAGGCGGUGCUGCAGUGCGUCGUGUGGUCAAUAUUAGCGCUUUACCCAAGGAUGGCAAGGUCAUCAAAUUGCUGACAACUGCCACGAAACCGGGAUCUAUGACACCAGAUCCCCAUAAAGGAUAGUUUUAAGACAACUUCAUGAGACCUUUUGAUCAAAUAAUGUUGUAAAGAAUUACGUUUAAUGUUUAUUUACCAAAUAUGUUGAUAUUGAAUUAAAUUUAAACGACAUUCGAAUUGCUUCCAGCCAUAAAAAGAAACGAAAUAUGGAGAAACUAUUUUCGAAAUGGGUGAACAACAAAAACUAAAUAAAAAGCAGCUAAUUCAUAUGCAAUAUUCGAUUAGCCUAAAUCGCUAAAACUA